AUGGCCGUUCCAACCAUGGCAACCAAACACAGUCCCCAGGGACCACCAGACCGAGCAUUCGCUCUCCAAAAAUACCUACUCCUCCACUCUCAACAAGACGCUCUACAUAAACACAUUUCUGAAAUCUCACCUCCAUCACCAACAACCUCACGCUACUCUCCGUCAUCACGCUCCUCAUCUACCUCAUCAGCAUCUUCAGACCCAUUCGGAGCUCGCUCUCAGCCGACCCUCCUAACAGAAUCCCCAUCAACACGACCAACACUACAUCAUCGUCGGUCUUCUCUCCCGGAUCUUUCUACCGAUGCUACGCUCGAAGAGAUCAUGAAAGAACAGGAUCGCUUGAAGGAUGUCAAUCUUCAAAUUAAGACUACACUUACGGAGCUGCUGAACUGUGAGGGGGUCAGGGGGAAUAAAGGGUACAGAAUGUGGAUCCAGACCCGCCUGAUGGAUGUUGAGAAGGAGUUGAAGGUUGGACGGUCUCGGAGCUGUGAUGAGAGGAGGGUUAGUUUUGAUUUGAAGUAG